CGUAAAUCCCUAAGUAAACACGGUUUCUUGAUUUUGCAAAGCUGGGGGGUUCUAACGAGGUGGAUGAGGGAGGAUGCGGAAGUAAUUAUCGCGCGAGUGUGGCCUAGAAGGUGUAAAAGGGGUGGAUGAGGGGGAAAAAAGAAGAAGAAAAAAAGGAACAAAUUAAUUUCGGACCGUUAGCAAAUUUUAUUUGAAGAAGUCCCGGCAUCAGCAACCACGUGAUGCAGCGAGGGAGUGAAGUGAACUUUAGUAGUAGUAGUGGCAAGUGAGGGCAGGCGAUAUUUUUAGAGGAUCGUCCCGAUUUAGCGACUGACAUUGGAUGCCUGCCUGGGCCGCGGAAAACCCCAAGAAGGGCGCUUGCCUCACACAAACCUCUAGAAGUAGAGACUGUGCGAAUAGGAUAGCAACUGCUCCGAAGAAUCAAUAAUACAUUUCAAAGAAAAGGGUGGUGUUAACAGAAAAACCCCCUAUCUGUAAUGGAUUUCUGAAUGUAACAGAAUGUUCAAGUGAAAAGGAUAAAAACCACACAGCAAAGAUGAAGUGACAAACUGACCAGACAAUUAAAAGAUGUCCUGGUGUAUCGUAACUGCCUGUUUUCAAUGUGCUCUCUAAAAUUAACAUAAGCUUUUCUGAGAGAACUAACGCUUCGUAUAACUUGCAUUAUAUGUAACAACAGUGUGUGAUACUAAUGUGUGUAUAUUAUCCUCAAAUUGCUACAAGAAAAUCAGCGAGUUAAAUUUUUUGGUCAAAAACACAUCAGUACUUUCAGUACCACAUUUUGCCAAGAUUAUAUAAAAGCAGAUCUUCGAGCGAGUUUGACAAAUUUCUCGCAUACAUCCUUGAUACUCUGACGAAAGGAUGAAACAAUUUCCUAAACUGUAUUUUUAAGAUAAACUGAGUUUAGUUUGGAAGUAAAAAGGAACUUUAUUCGAUAUAAACGAGCGAAACCGAAUACUGAAAUAUGGCUUCCGCUUGGAGUCAGUUAGAUCAGCUUCUGACGUGCGCCAUUUGUUUGGACAGAUAUCGCAACCCCAAACUGCUGCCAUGCCAGCAUACAUUUUGCAUGGAACCUUGUCUUGAUGGACUUAUAGAUUAUGCUCGUCGCCAAAUCAAAUGUCCAGAAUGUCGUGCAGAGCACAGGAUUCCUUAUCAAGGAAUACAGCAGUUCCCAACAAAUGUUACGCUCAUGCGGUUUCUGGAGCUUCAUAGAGAUAUAACAGGAGAAGAGCCAGAGCCUCCUCCAUCCUGUAUGGAACGAUGCAGUGUGUGCAGUGAGAAAGCGAAUGUCGAGAAAUGUGCCCACUGCGACAAAAAGAUUUGCCCAGACUGUAAAGAGGCCCACGUAGAUAUCUUAAGACGCGAAAUUAACAGAAUAAACAAUCAGGUGAGAAGAGGCCUUCACAAGCUAUCUGAAGCCUUAUCGCAAACGAAGAAAAAUGCCGAAAAAUUACAGCUGAAUUGCAAACAAGUAAAAGAUGAAAUUGAUGAUAUAGUGCGGAGAUAUUCUAAAGAUUUAAAAGUCACUGAAGAUAAAUUGAAACAUGAUUUAGAAACAUAUACUCAAACCGAAAUGAAAGCCAUUUCUAAGCUGAAGGAAGAUUUGGAAAUUGAAGUUAAUAAUAUUUCAAGCAAUUGUGAACUUGUAGAUAAGUAUAUAAAAGAUGAUUAUGAGUGGUCUGAUCUUGAACUCUUGGAAUAUAAACAAAUAUUUCUGAAAAUGCUUGAUUUCUUACGCACUUAUGAUGUUGAUAACACUGAUUUUACUCGAAGAAUUAAAUUUCAACCUAGAGCUGAUCCCGAUGUUCUUCAUCGGAAUAUAGCAGACUUCGGAGAACUAAAAAUUAAUGCUCCUAUGAAUCCUGUUCCUACUCAACAAUCUUUGAUGCCAAACUCAAAUGCUUUAAUGCGAAGUCAAAGUGACCAUCGUUUAGCCGCACAGUUUGCUCGAAGAUGUGACAAUAGAUCCUUUUCUGAUAUCAAUCAAAGAAUGGACAAUGAUCGUGACAGUGGAAGACCUACAUCUCCUCUGCUAGGUCGCAAUAGAAGAGAUAAUGAUGGUUACCGUCGAUAUAGCGAAAGAUCAAGAGAUUAUGAUUAUCAAGACAGAGUGUCUAAUCGAUAUUCCAGGGAAGAUACCGCGUUGAGCUCUCGGUGGCGGGAUAAUUCCGAUGAUUAUGGUCAUCGCAAUCGUUACCCUCGAGAUUACGAAGAGCCUGAUUCCGAGCCCCAUCAAGGAAGGACUGUCCGAUUCGCUGACGAAAACCAGCAACAAAGAGAAAGAAUUUUCGAUCUAGAUGAUGCCAGCAAAGGACCUCUUAGUGGAGUUGUUAAACUUCUAGAUUCACCCAAAGUCCAAGAAAGACUUCAUCAGAAUGAAGUGAAACAAAAGUUGCAACAAUCAGAUAAAGACAAACAGCCGUCCACACCAACAGUAACUCCUACUGCUCCUGUUACACCACCUGUUACACAACCUAAAAGGCCAACAUCAAGGCAGCAAAGUGAAGAUGACAUUGAUCGUCAAAAGAGAGCAAAUCAACAAGCUAGUUCUUCGACAACACCGACUUCUCAGACAGAUUCUGUCGUAUCUUCGAGAAGAAGCAGCACUGCUGAUUCAACAAGGGUUCCUGCUACUGUAGACACUACAGAACCUCCACAAGUGCCAGAAGUGGUUGAAAGCUCGGAGAAUACUUCAAGCAGGGGACGUCUAAGUGGUACCACCAGCUUUGAUGAUUCAACUGUUGAGCCACCCAGGAUUCAAUCCAGGCAAGUAUCGAACACUGACCUUGAAUUAGAUUCCAAAGAUACAGAAGUGGGGAAUAGUAAGGAUUUGGUGGGGCUUCGGGAUACAAAAACUCCACGCAGGCAUACUUAUACCCGCCACCAGAGUGACACCCGGUAUGAUAGACCUACCUCAAUUCUUAGCGAUGAGGGUUCUAAACAGGAUACUAAUCGUUGCUCGCCCAAUUUCCUGUCUAAUAGUAGGCCAUCAACACCAACGAGGCGUCUUACUUUGGAUAUUACAGGUCAAGAAAGACCAAACUACAAUAGGUAUCGAAGUACUGACUUGACCAGAGUAUCUAGUCCCAUCGAGGAUGCCAGGAGCCCCACUUCUCGCUACUCCCCACUCUGCCGCAGAUCGUUUCUGCCUACCAUCUCUUCCCUCGAACCCACAAGUAAUGAUGACUCCUGUUGUAGUUCAGAUUCUUCUGCUAAUGUGUUCUUCUCCUGUAAUAGUAGUCUAGAAGAUAUAUCUACCCAAUCUCAGGGGUUCUCUCGUUCGCCGCUGGUCAAGGCCACAUCCUUAGAUGCUGGCGAAACAUCACGGAAACCCUUGGACAAGAAAUUGCCUCCGCGUGCAGCAACACCUGUGCACCACAAUGACGAAGAAGACAGUGAAGAAUCCGAAGAAUCUGAAGAAGAAGAAACUUAUCAACCAGCCCCAGAACCUCCUAAACCUGUACAAUCCUCAUUUUUCAGCCGUCAGAGACGCCUUCCAGAACCAGAACCUCGACUUCUUGAGAUGCAUGAGACAGAUGAAGAGGAAGAAAGUGAAUCCGAGGAAGAAAGCGAAGAUGAAGAUGACGAAGAAGAAACACCACCCCAAGCACCAAGUUCAACAAUUCCAAAUGAGCCAAAAGCAAACAGUGGUUCAGAUAGCGAAGAAGAAGAUGAUGAAGAAGAAGCAAGUAGUGAAUCUAGCAGUACCGAAAGCGAAGAGAGUAAGGAAUCUGCUGAUCCUGUAUUUGAAAAUACAACUAAUUCACAAGGCACAGGGGCUGGAAAGCAGUCGUCUACUUUAGCCCAAAAUAAUGAAAAUGCCAACUCCAAAACACAGUUGAGUGAUAGUGAUGAAGAAGAUUCCGACGAUCCAGUUGAAGCCGAAGGAAAAGUUUCAGAUGAUGAGGAUGCCGAAGAAGAAUACAAGCAUGCUAACGACUCUACAAAACGCAGACCUUCAAUCGACCAAAGUGGUACUAGGGGUCACAGAAGUCGGAAGAGGUCGGAUGACACAGAUACCACUGAUAGUAGCUCUGCAUCCUCUUCGACCAACUAUCAUAGUCUUAGCAGAACCACUACACCUCUUGUUACAUCCAAUGCUUCUGAAGAUCAAAUUUCUUCGGAACGUAGUGGGAAUGAAACUAGUGCCAGCAGAUUCCGACGCAGACCAUUCCUUGCCCGAAGUAAAAGCUCCCACGAGUUGGGGCUGGGAUUUGAUUCCAAUUCAGGCGUAGAAGAUGAAGACGAGCAGUCUCCAGAUUCAGUUCCAAGUUAUAGGACUCGAUCACAGAGGGUAUCCGAAGACACUCCGAGAACGAGGUCCUCCACGACGGAUUCACCGGUCAGUAACAGCAAUACCUGCUGGGCUAAAUACUUGAACAGUAAAUAUGGUAGCAAUGCGGCUGGUCGCGUUGUGCCUCGAAGUCGCAGUUCUCAUUCUUUGUUCCAUAAGAGUGACAGCGAGUCUUCCGAUGAGGAGCCAUCUGGCAGAGAUCCGGUUUUGUCUAAUUCCUAUGGAUUUUCAAAUCCCAGAAGUAACUAUAUGCAAAAGCGCAGGAUGCUUCUCAAAAUAGGUUCAAGAGGUUCGGAAUCAGGACAAUUCACUUGGCCUCGAGGAGUUGCUGUAGGUCCAGAAAACUCUAUUGUCGUAGCUGACAGCAGCAAUCAUAGGAUACAAAAUGAUCAGAAGAAAACUUACAUACGUUUUUUCGAUGUAAACCUGCUUAAAGUGUUUGAUUCAAUCGGCAAGUUCUUAUUCGAGUUUGGGACUUACGGUAGUGGCGAAGGGGAGUUCGACUGCCUAGCAGGAGUCUCAGUGAACCGGAUCGGCCAGUUCAUCGUGUCGGACCGCUACAACAACCGCAUCCAGCUCUUCGAUCCGACGGGCCGAUUUCUCAGAGCCUUCGGAUGCGAAGGCCGGACAGAUGGUCGGUUCAGCUACCCGUGGGGUAUAGCUACAGACAGCCUGGGCUUCAUCUAUGUCUGUGAUAAGGAGAACCACCGCAUACAGGUGUUCCAAUCCGACGGUACAUUUGUUGGUAAGUUCGGUAGCAUGGGAAGUCGUCCAGGUCAACUCGAGCACCCUCACUACAUUGCGGUGACCAAUACCAACCGCGUGGUGGUGUCGGACACCAACAACCACCGGGUCCAGAUCUUCGAUGUGAACGGUCGCAGUCUGACUACCUUCGGCUCAGAAGGGUCGGACGAAGGCCAGUUCAAGUUUCCUAAGGGGGUGGCUGUCGAUGACCAAGGAUACAUCAUUGUGGGUGAUGGUGGCAACAAUCGAGUUCAGAUCUUCCAGCCAGAUGGCACUUUCCUGAAAUCUUUUGGCGGAUGGGGAUCUGGAGACGGGGAGUUCAAAGGCCUCGAGGGUUUGGCUGUCACCAGUGGAGGCAGUGUCAUCGUCUGCGAUAGGGAGAAUCAUAGGAUACAGGUCUUCUGAAGACAGAGGACGAAAUCGUCUGCAAAAAUGUGAGCUCUGGAAGCUAACACAAAUCUCCCUAUGGACUAAACAUCACCUGAAGAGGAAAUAUUAUUCUUUUUUAUAUAAAACUCUGUAUUUAAUGUAAUAUUUUCUUCAUAUGUACAGUGACCGACUUGACCUGGACGAUAAAGACUCUAGCCAUAAGGAUGCAUAUUUUUUUCUUUCUUUCCUAAUGAACUGCUGCCGAACUUUGUGCAUUUUUUCCCAAGAAACUGUUUCAAUCGCCAAGUGUUUUGUUAGAGAUAGAACGAUCGAAAUAAAGGCUCACGGAAUUGUAUAAUAUUUAUACAGUUUACGCUGAACCUUUAUUUUUUUAGUUUUAAGAGCUUUCUCUGCUUUUUGUGAAGAGAAAGCAAUUCAGUGGAUCGUGAAUCUGAAUCUGCGAUUUCUGGAAUACGAAGAAUUUGCUGUUAUUAUAGAAUUAGUGUAACGUGGAAUAUUGACAAUUAUUGUGUUUGGGAAAGGAUUUAAUGUACAAAUGCGAAUUUAGAUUCCUUGUUUAUAGCAUUAUUUCUUUGCUUACUUUCAUGUUUUCAAAAAGGAGUAUGGCAUUACUUGUAUAAGAGGUACUUGGAAGAUUUUCGAUGGAAAAUUGUGUAUUUUGAGAAGGAAUGUAAUAACAUGUUUACGUUAAGUUAAGAAAUUAAUUUAAAUUGAUUUAAAAAAUAAUUGCGUAGUUUUAGGUGGAAAUGAUUUGAACGUAUCCACCUAUUCUGAUUUUGAACGUAUUCAUCAUUGGUAAAAAAAAAGUACAUAGAUAAAUGAAGGGAUCCCAAAAGAAGCGUCUUAUAUUAUAAGUUUAAAAUUGAAAAAAAAUUAUUCCUUUGGUAAUUUUUGUAUAAAUUAUUAAUGUAUUUAAUAAUUAUUUUUAAAGGAUAGCAACAUUUUUUCAUAAAUUAGACAAAAAUUUAUUUUAAUAAAACCGUUGCACUAUGCAUUAUUUGUGAAGUAAGUAUAUUGGAAGGAAUUAAAAACAAUAGCCUGUGAUUUUAGUAAGAAAAUGUAACUGUCUCUUUGGAAGUUCCUGUUAAUUUGAUUAAUUCCAGCAUGUUCAGCGGGAUGCUUGGAUUUCUUUUUCAUUGGCGAAAUUUUUUUUCUAACAGAUGUGUUCUAAAAUAUUUGAGUGAUUUCGUUUUGCGGUAAAAAUUUCAUAAAGUUCGCCAACUGUGCCUGCUUAUUUUUCUUGCCCGUUGAACAAUUUAGAAAAACUGACUAUUUAACUUAUUAGCGAUAGAAUGUAAAUAAUAAUUAUAUAUCAAUGCUUAUGGAAUUUGAAUUAGUUUUUGGUAAUUUACAUUGCGAGUUAAUGGAUAUAUUUAAAGUUUGAAAAUAAUAUAAAUAAUGUAUUUCACGGAUUGAAAUCUGUCUAUUAUCGAAUAAUUACUAUUGCGGUUCAACAUGUGGAGUAAAAACGAGAAUAGGGAUAAUUUGAAGGUCAGUGUCCUUAGGCAAUUGCAACUGAUCUCCUUGUCCAAGGGUAUUCCGAUUUGCUGGGUAAAGUUGUAUGUUUGGAUUGUGUGAUCUGAUUAUUUAUUAUUCUUUGUCGCUACGCAAGCUAUUGACAUGUGAUCCAUGAUACCCUGUAAAGUAUUUUACACCGUCUGGUACGAGUGGACAAAUGUACACAUGUAUUUUAUAGAAUUUUCCAAGAUUUUGUGCUUGAAUAAAUUUUUGGAAGUCGAA